CUAGAUGGAGUUAAUUUAAGGGAGACCCUUCAGAUUUAUGGUGUAAGCAAACGAAAGGAAAUAUUUCAGAUUUCGGAUUUCGGAUUUCGGAUUUCGGAUUUCAGAUUUCAGAUUUCAGAUUUCAGAUUUAGAAGAGUGAAAGCGAAGCGUGGACGAUCUCAAUCUCAGCGUUGGAUCAGCAGCGUAAAUAAGCAAGACAAGACUCUGUGUUGUAAUAGAAGGGAAGAUGGGGUUCAAGUAUGUUAUUUGGCCUCUUGAAUUGCUGGAAGAUAAGGAAAUCCUUGUUUCCAAGGACGAGUUUUGGUGCUAUAUUGAGGAGCUUCACAAUGCACAGGUUCAAAAUCAGAAUGAUGAGGAGUUAUGCAGGACAAUGGAAUGGGUUAACAUAUCCCAACCUUACAGAUUGGGAGUAAUUCCAAAGAAGAUGUUAAGAGCAUUCAGGGAUGUUUUCAUAUACUUUCACGACAUGCGUCAUCCCUACAUUCAGGCACAAAAAAAUUCUGACAUUUUUGUGGUCUUGUGUUCGAAUCCUGCCACUGCCACUGCCACUGCCACUGCCACUAGUCCCCGUCCUCGGCCUCUGGAUGCUAUUUUCGUUGAGAGGAAGGAAGGCAGAGAUGUGCCCAUGGCGCAGAGAGGGCAGGAGUAUUACCAAGAACAAUAUCUCGUUUCACUAGGGAGGAACCCAUUCACAUAUCCAUGGCCCACACAGCCCACUGAUAUGCACAACAACAACAAUACCACUCAUCCUGUUGAUUUGUUUUUCCGUCGCAGACCAAACUACUCCUUAUAUCCUUAUGGUGGUUUUUAUAUAAGGCCUUUCUAUCCUAAUGGUGGUUUUUAUAUAAGGCCUUUCUAAAGGGUUCGCUGCUUUCAAAAUUCUGAUUUCCUAAAAAAAUUUAUUUCAUAUUUUUUUUUUUGAACUGGUGUUGGGUCCUUUCCAACUUAGUAAACUACAAGUUCUUAUAUUAACAUUCAAUUUGUUGUAACAUGACUAUAUCAAGUGUAUUUUUCUUUAAAUUUAUUAAGUUGAAGAUUGUUACCAUGUAAUUGUUCAAUUAUGAGAAAUGAUAAUUUGGAAUCUUUCUUUA